AUGGCGUGUCAUCUUACCAGAUUAGAAAGUCAGUUGGAAAGGUUCUGGGCUAUCGAAGAGAUCGACGUAGACAAGCCAAGAUCAAAGGAAGAAACCGAAUGCGAGGCGCAUUUCAGAGAGAACGUUUUACGCGAUAGCAGCGGGCGGUACGUGGUCCGUCUGCCGUUUCGCGGCAACGGCCAGCGUUUAGGUGAGUCACGAUCCGCGGCACUCAAGCGUUUAGACUCGUUAGAGCGCAAGCUCGGUGCGAACGCAGCCCUCGGCGCUGAGUACGAUCGGAUAUUCGAAGAAUAUCUGACCUUGGGGCACAUGUCUUUAGUAGAGGAUGAUGGCGAUGACGGCUAUUACAUGCCGCACCAUGCGUUGUUAAAAGAUUCGAGCAAUACCACUAAGGUUCGGGUAGUGUUCGAUGCCUCGGCCGAAACAAGGAAUGGCAUAUCAUUGAAUGACGCGUUAAUGGUCGGGCCGGUUAUCCAGGAUGCAUUGUUCGUCCAUUUGAUUCGGUUUCGGUCGCACAAAUACGUGAUAACUGCCGAUAUUGAGAAAAUGUAUCGGCAGGUGUGGGUGCAUGGCGAUGACCGACGAUAUCAGCGCGUCCUUUGGCGUAGAAACGGAGUUAUACGGACCUUCCAGCUCAAUACGCUCACUUUCGGCGUAUCCUCUUCGUCGUUCCUCACGGUGAUCGCGUUACUAGCGCGAGGAGGCUUCGUCAUACGGCAGUGGGUCUCGAACGAUGCGCGUAUUAUCAAUGAUCUGGACUCGCAUCAUCAACAUGCGAAUUUUGCAUUCCAGGCGGACGCGUCUUUGAAAACUUUAGGUAUAACUUAG